CUCAUCAUCACCUUACGCUCCUUCAGUGGGUGAAAGCCGCCCAAUUACAAUCGGCGAUGGUGGUAAUCCCCUAAGUCCGACCGUGUCGGGGCUAGGACUUCCGAGAUUCGAAAUCUGAUGCAGUCUGGUUUGGGUCCAAAGUCAUAGAAGUAGAAGGAUUGACACUUGGGCUCCAAUACAUAAAUAGACGCUCGCCCUCACUUCAGGUCAAGCAUCCACACAAGCUCAAUCACUACACUCAAACACAACAGUGUUCCCACUACACCCCUCAAAGAAACUCAACCUCAAGCCCAAAAAAGCAAACAAAAUGGCCAAAUACGCAAAAGACCAACCCGCCGGCUUCGAUAACGCCAUCGAGCGCGUCGCCAUCAUCGGAGCUGGAGGCACCGUGGGAUUCCACAUCGCCACCGAGCUCCUUAAAACCGGCAGACACACAGUUACAGCCCUGACCCGGGCCGACAGCACCAACAAACUCCCUGAGGGGGUCCAGAUCGCCCACAUCAACUACAAUGAUGAAGCAAGCAUUGUCUCCGCCCUGAAGGGCCAGCAAUUCCUCAUCAUCACCAUGUCCCCCACAGCGCCCCCGGACACCCACAGCAAGAUCGUCCAGGCAGCCGCCAAGGCCGGUAUUCCCUACGUCAUGCCGAAUGGGUACGGCGGGGACAUCGACAAGGUCAAGCUGGGCGAGGAGACCUUCCUAGGCCCUGUCUCCAAAGCCAACCGAGACCAGAUCGCCCAGCUCGGUAUGCAGUGGAUUACUGUGUGCUGUGGAUUCUGGUACGACUAUAGCUUGGCAGGCGGAGAAGUGCGCUUCGGGUUCGACUUUGACAAGCGGACUGUGACUUUCUACGAUGAUGGCACUACUAAGAACACGACGUCGACGUUGGCGCAGGUUGGGCGGGCCGUGGCGAAAGUGCUCAGUCUUAAGGAGCUUCCUGAGGAUGAGAAUGAUCAGAGUCUUACGUUGUCGUCGUUCCUGAAUAAGCCGUUCUACAUCAAGAGCUUCGAUGUCAACCAGAAGGAUAUGUUUGAGAGUGUCAAACGUGUUACUGGGACUACGGAUGCUAAUUGGACGAUUAAUCGUGAGAGUACUAAGAAGCGGUAUGAGGAGGGAUUGGCUCUGGUUAAGGGUGGUAACAUGGCUGGAUUUGCUAAGUUGCUGUACGCAAGAGCGUUUUACCCGGAAGAUCCGAGUGAUCACUUGGACAAGGUGCAGAACAAGCUGCUUGGAUUGCCGGAGGAGAGCUUGGAUGAUGCUACCAAGGAUGCUAUCGAUCUGGUCAAGAAGCUGCAGGCUCGUGCUGAGCGUAUGGCGUCCUAAAGGAAGAGUCUACGGAUUCGAUGUUUGCGAUGUGGAAGUGAGCGGUUCUCAAUUCUUGAUAUUACAGUAAUAGUUUGAUUAUCGACUUGUUUUCUUAGCAUACUUCCUUCACAAUGACCAUAAUAACCCUG